AUGGAUGAGGAUGCUGGUCGCUCAGAUACCAGUCGUCAUGUCCUCAUCGCCCUCUUUAUUGCGUUUCUUUCGCUGCUUUUGUACUUCUUGAAGAGGAAGCUUACACGUGGCAAUACAGUUCUGAUUGUUGGCUUAAGCGAUUCCGGCAAAACUCUCCUCUUCUCGAAAUUGGUCAGUCGGAAUCGCACUCCAGAAACCUAUACUUCAUUGAUGGAGAAUCGUUGUGACCUUGUCUCGGUUGGCAGCGAGAAAUUGGUCACGCUCGUUGAUUUUCCUGGUUCCGAACGGUUACGAAAGCAGUUGUACGACAAUUACUUUCACAAGAAUCAAAAAAAUCCACUGCAGGGCCGCAACAGUUUAAAGGGGAUUGUUUUUGUGAUUGAUAGCACGACGUUCAGUAAAACAUCCCGUGAUGUUGCUGCAUUUCUCUAUGAUAUAUUGUAUGAGUCGAGAAUGAAA